AUGGCAUCUCACAUUCAGAGAGCAAACCCUAACAUCUCAGAUUCCCUUCCCACUCUUCCUUUUGAUCUCAUUUCAGAAAUACUCUCUAAGCUACCUGUGAAGUGCCUUCUCCAAUUCCGAUGUGUCUGCAAGUUAUGGAAUUCUCUAAUAUUUGAUCAUAAAUUCACCAGAAAGCACCUUAACGGAUCAACCACACGUAGCAGCCUCCAAUGUUUAAGCUACCAUACUCCCUCAUCCCGUUUUAUUCUCAAGUCUUUUUCAAUUCAAUCCAUUUUCAAAGACAUAGCCACUAAAAUCACUCAACAUGAGUUUUCAUCCAACAAUGUUUUUGGAUACAAUAUACAUGACAUUGUUGGCUGUUGUGACGGAAUCCUUUGUCUUGCCAACUAUUAUAAACCUUUAAUUGUAUUGUAUAAUCCUUCCAUUAGAAAAUUCAAGCAAUUGUCCCCUUUUGAUAACCCCAAGUAA